AUGCCCCGCGCACGCCCCGCCCCCGAAGCGGCGGCCGCCCUCAGCAGCGCCAGCCUCAGCGACGACGAGCCCGACGCGUUCGCUCUCCAUAACGCCGCCGAACAGGGCCACAUGGACCUUCUGCACACGCUCCUGCCACUUGCAUCGUCCGCCUCUUCUCGCUCGCGUCUCGACGUCGUCGCCAGCGAAGCGAGUCUGCUCGAAAAGGACGAAAUGGGCUUUUUACCGCUCCACGUGGCCGUAAUCCACCAGCAAGUGGACUGUGUGCUGCACUUUCUACGCUACUCGAAGCCGCUCACGAGCGCGAUGCUCCGUCUCUCAAGCGGCGACUUGCGCACGCCGUUUCUGCACUUGGUUUUGCGCGUUGGAGCCCUCAACGCUUCGUUCAGUCGCGCUAUUGUGACGGAACUCUGCGGGUUCCACGAGGAAGAGCAAGAAAAAGAGAUGAAGACGAUGGACUCGGUGGGGUUCUGCUAUGGAGAGGACGUGCGUGCUGUGCUGUUUGCCAAGAUGACGGCGCGCGACGACGAAGGCUGUUCCGUUUUCCACCUCUGUGCCCGGUACGACCUCGUCGUGUGUCUGGACGUUUUGAUUGCGUUCUAUCGACGCCAAGUGGCACUAGUGCCGGUGAUAGAGAAGAGAGGAGUCGGGACAAGUGGUGAGGCAGAGGAUGACAAAAAAGACGAGAGCGAGACGAGCAAGCAGCAGGUGGUGCCGUUGAUUGAAACGUGGCUGGAAAAAGGCAAUAAACUCGGCUUUCGACCGCUGCAUGAAGCGAUGAAGUACUGUGCGACGGCCACCGCGGGGAGGUUGGUCGAUGAAUACAACGUGGACGUGAAUGCUGUCACGUCGCUGCGACAGACACCGGCGCAUGUUGCAGCGCGCGUUAAUUUUGCGGAUGGUGUCGAGAUUUUGAGCAACGCUUGUCGUCGAGAGGCUGUGGAUUUUACACUCAAGGAUAUGCAUGGACACACAGCAGCUCAAGUGGCUCGCAGGUGUGCGUUUGACGCACUAGAGAUGCGUCUGUUAGCGGCAGAAGCGGGAAAAAGCAUUGAGAAGUUUGCAGAUGAUAUUAGAGAUGAUGCAGCGAAAGCUACGACGCGAUUUUAUUUUCAUCCCGAGGUGUGGCGGCAUUUGCCCAUGGCAUAUCAUCGUCGUGGAGAACCCGACUUACCACCCGAAAAUCCCGAGCGAAUCGAUACGCUAGUCGAUCCAGUGUUUGGUAUCCUUCGAUCGCGCGAAUUUCGACGCCCAAACGUCAAGUGGGACCAUGAGAUCGAACGCGCAGAUAUUGCCGACAUUUUGCGGGUGCAUGAAUAUCACUACGUCGACCGUGUACGUCAGAAAUGUGCUUCCCUCGCUGCACCGGUUGUUGCCAAGGAUGGUGUUGUCACAGAUAUUGAUGGCACAAGCCGGCAUGAGUUUCUGUGCCAGUCCGAGCCAGUUUCUGCUGCUGGCAGUUGUGAUGACGACACGGAGGAGAGCUAUGCGACAGUUUCCUUAGAUAUGGAUACAGCUUUGACGGCUCGUUCGUUUGACGCAGCUGCCCGUGCUGCUGGAGCAGUGUGCAAGGCGGUGGACGAGGUCGUGGCAGGCAAAUGCAGGAACGCGUUCUGUAUCGUACGGCCUCCUGGACACCACGCUGGACCGGUGGGCAAGGUUGUAUGCGAAAACGAUCCAGAAGGAAGUCUUGGUUUCUGUCUUUUCAACAACGUGGCUGUUGGCGCAGCGUAUGCACGUGCGCAUCUGAAACAUCGCGGAAUCAACAAAGUGGCUAUUUUGGACUUUGAUGUGCACCACGGUAAUGGAACUGAAGAGAUCGUGCGGCAGCUGGUACCGUCCACCAAAGAGCUAACGUUCGAGACGCCGUACGGUGUUGGCAAGCAGAUUGUACACCAGUACAAGCCGUGGCGCAGUGAAGAUGACGCAGAGAAUGUCUUCUUUUGUUCAGUGCAUGGGUACGGCCGCAAGGACCCUGAGAACAAGGACGAGUUGGCGAAAGGAGAGACCCAGGGCUGGUUUUACCCUGGAUCGGGCGUCUCGAACGUGAAAGAGGCUCCCAUCAUUUGGGACGAAGGAUUGCCGUUUUGUCAUGAAGGUGCGUCCGCUUCUCGCCUCCUAUGGCGCAGCGCAUUCCGUGACCGCAUCUUGCCAAAGCUACUGGAUUUCGAUCCGGACCUUAUUUUCCUAUCGGCCGGUUUUGACGCGCACAGGAAGGAGCUCAUGAAUUGGGGAUACGUAUCGCUGCUGGAGCAAGACUACGAGUGGCUCGUGGGUCACGUCAAGCAGGUGGCCAACACGUGCUGUGAGGGUAGACUGAUCUCUGUGCUGGAGGGAGGUUACAACUUUCACGGCCGAAUGGUCUCACCCUUCGCGCGCAGUGUCGCGGCCCAUGCUCGGGCGCUCAUCAACCCUGCGCAAGAGCGGUGGGACGAGGAAGAGAUUGCCAGAGAAGCCGCCCACGAGCAGGCCCUCCUGGCAAACUACCUGACUCCAGCAGCUUCAGGUUCGACUGUGAUGGUGCCGCGAACAAAGAAGCGCAGCGAAGACGCGGCUGCGGAGCCUCUGUCGUGUUCUCGGAGUAAGCGCGUGAGAAAAGAGGUGGACUAUGUAGCACUGGCGAAGAAAUUGUCCGAGCAGGACUAG